AUGGGAAUUGUCGCUGACGAAUUCAACUACCAGGGAGGACACUUCUUCAUCGGACAAAUGCUCAACCAGAUCAAAACUCCUGGUCCCGCCGAUAUCUUUAUUUCCUGGAUGCGCAGGUGGCCCGAUGCCCCAUUCGUGCGGUAUCUGACCAUUGGCAACACGGAGACGCUCAUGGUCAACAGUCUUGCGGCUUUCAAGGAGGUGCAACAGACGAAGGCCUACUCUUUUCGAAAGUCACAGCUUGCAGGCAGGAUGUUCUCGCCCAUCACCGGUCAUGGACUCAUGUUCUCUGAGGGCGAUGACAGGAAGAGGCAGCGGACACAGCUUUCCAAGGCAUUCUCGAACCAAAAUACCCGGAGAAUGCUCCCCGUAUUCCAGAACAAGGCCCGUCUGCUCUGCGAGGCUAUCAGCCACGAGUUGGGAGGUGAAGACCGCAAGUUGGUUGACGUCGAGCGCUUCCUUCGCAAGGCCACUCUCGACGUCUUCGUCAUCGGCUCCAUCGGCUGCGACCUCGAGAGCAUCUCGCUCCCAGAGGCGCACUUCUACGACGUGUACGAGCGCAUCAUCCGUCAGCCCGCAUUUGGACAUAUCAUCACCUUCAUCGACGGCCACAUUCCGGUCCGCUCGUGGUUGCCACUGAAGAGCAACAAGAUGUGGCUCAACGACGUGGCUCUCAUCAGGACCAUGCUCCUGAACUGCGUCGGCAACCGCACUAUGGAGAUGAUGCGGGAGAAGCGCGGAUUGGAUGGUGAGAAGAGAUCGGAGCGAAGGGAUAUCCUGACAUUCAUUAUGGAAGAUUGUCAAUUUGAGGAGGGGGAGAGGCUGUGGACUGAUGAAGAGCUCUUGGAGUACAUGCUCAACUUCAUCGCUGGAGGCCAUGAGACAACUGGCUCAACCCUCAUGUGGGUUGCGUACGUCCUUGCUACGAACCCCGGCGUCCAGGCGCGCCUCAAAUUGGAAGUCCACGAGCUCUGCUCUGGCAAGCCGCGGGACUGGGAUCCUACCUAUGAGGAGGUCGAGCAUCUCUCAUACCUCAACAACUUCCUCCGCGAGACUCUACGAUACUACUCACCAGGCAUCUUCCUCCCCCGCGAGGCCGCAGAAGACGUCACAGUCUGUGGCGUCUUUGUCCCAAAGGGCACUCAGGUCACCCUUUGCCCAGCCGUCGCACACUUCAACACCACCUUCUGGGGCCCAGACGCGCACAUCUAUGACCCCGACCGCUGGUCCGACGGUCGUGCCGCUAAGGACUCCUACGCCAUGGAGGCAUUCCUCCAGGGCCCUUCUGGAUGCAUCGCGAAGAAUAUGGCGCUACUCAACAUCAAGUCCGUCAUCAUUGGCCUCGUCCGCAACUUUACGUUCUCGCCACGGCCUGGAUACGACGGUACAAUCGAGUUGGCGAACCCGAAUUUCACGCUGCGUCCUAAAGAUACUCUUAGAGUCGUAAUUGAAAGGGACGAGACUAUGAUUACAUAA